GGCGCUGCUAGACGAGAGCGGGUCGUCCCGCUGCAGUCGGGGAUUGCCUGCCACUCCUCCCUCCCUCGCUACUCUACUAAACCCCGCUGUGGAGUGAAGCAGGAACGUGGAAACUGCACCUUCGGUGUGUCAACUGGACGUCUUCGAAGACUCGCUCCAAUUCCAUACCUGGCUGCCUAACCCAGGCAUGGCAGAGGGCUGUUUCCCGUCAUGGCAGUGCGACAUUACACCCUCGACUUCAAACUCUCUGCGCCAGUAGCUGACAUUCCUGCGACUGUGCGUGGUGUACAGCCUAUAUUUCAAGAGCAGGAAAUGACAGAGACCCUCCACGACACAGAAGGCCAUGGAUACCUGGCCACCUUCAUCGGCAAGAAUGGCAGGUUUGCCGUUCUUCGAGUGCACUCCCACGGUCUGGUGACCUUUGACCUGCAGUGUUGUGAGGGAGACGACGCAACUCAAGUGGACAAUCUGCUGAAUGCACUAGAAAAGAAAAUGAAGACCCUCUUUCAUGGGAACAUAAAGCGGAGUAAGAGGCUCCCAGCACUGAGACGAGGGGACAAGGUGGACUGCUACUGGCCUACUGCAGAUGGGCGUCUGGUGGAGUAUGACAUCGAUGAGGUCGUGUACGAAGAGGACUCGGUGUACCAAAACAUAAAAAUCUUACACUCGAGGCAGUUUGGCAACAUCCUCAUCCUCAAUGGAGACGUCAACCUGGCGGAGAGUGACCUGGCGUACACGCAGGCCAUCAUGGGCAGUGGGAAGGAGAGCUACGCGGGGAAGGAGGUGCUGAUCCUGGGGGGAGGCGACGGAGGCAUCCUCUGUGAGGUGGUCAAGCUCAAACCAAAGAUGAUCACCAUGGUGGAGAUCGACCAGUUAGUGAUUGAUGGCUGUCGGAAGCACAUGCGGAAGACGUGUGGAAAUGUCUUGGAUAACCUGAAAGGAGACUGUUACGAGGUGCUGGUAGAAGAUUGCGUACCUGUGCUGAAGAAGUUUGCGCAGGAAGGCAGGACGUUUGACUACGUCAUCAACGACUUGACUGCAGUUCCAAUCUCUACGGCACCAGAGGAGGACUCCACCUGGGAGUUCCUAAGGCUGAUCCUCGACCUGUCCAUCAAGGUGCUGCGGUCCACGGGGAAGUACUUCACACAGGGUAACUGUGCGAACCUGACUGAGGCUCUGAGCCAGUAUGAGGAGCUGCUAGGCAGGCUGUCGUGCCCUGUGGAUUUCUCCAAAGAGCUGGUGUGUGUGCCCUCCUACAUGGAGCUGUGGGUUUUCUACACCGUCUGGAAGAAGUAAAACUGACCCCUGACCCCUGCCCCCCCCCCCUUUUCUAGUCCUGCUUUUCUCUCCUUUCCCUCCUGUUCUUGUCGCCCCUCCGUGACCCCGCGACCUUGACCAGCAGAGCCCUAGAGCGUGGGGAGACGGCCGCGUGCGUCUCCAGAAGCUGGCACACCUCUGCACACACUCUUUAAGACUCUCCCUCUGUGUCCAGCAGGACCCAACCCCAAACCUGCCGCACGUGCUUGUUUGUUUGUUUGUUGUUUGUAGCCGUGGUUUUUAUUACUAUGUGUAUUGAUAUUACUAUUAUUUUCCUAUUUUGUGUUUUUGAAAUCACACAGAUUGUAUUUUUGUUCGUGUAGUUGGGUUUAAGUUUUUUUUUCCCUUUUUUUCUGUUGAAGAUGUUGAGUGAAUGUUGUGUGUGUGUGUGUGUGUGUGUGUGUGUGUGUGUGUGUGUGUGUGAGAGAGAGUGUAUGUGUGUGGUGGGGUGGGAUGUGGUGCUGAGUACACUGAAGCCUUGGGAGUGAUGGUGACGCGGGUUUUACACUCUAGUCGGUCCGUCACCGGCCUCUGGAUGAAACGAGAAGAUCAGUAGCAAGGUUGAAGGGUUUUUAUUGCUGCUGCGUUGGACAGACUGCAGGUGGACCCUGAAGCAGAUCUGACCCUAAUCUGACCUGGUUCUGGUCCUGAUCUGACCUGAUUCUGACCCUAAUCUGACCUGGUUCUUGCCCUAAUCUAUCUUGGUUUUGGCCCUAAUCUGUCCUGGUUCUGGCCCUAAUCUAUCUUGGUUCUGGCCCUAAUCUGGUUUAAACGUGGGUCAGAUCAUUUGUGGAUCUGGGUUAGACUAAGGAUGGAUCUGCCCUAAGGUCACCUGCGGUCUGGGGAAUGGGAUUUGACUCAUGGUGCUUCAUAGUUUGUAUGAUGCCAGUGUUGCAUUCUGGGAAUAGGCAGUGUUGCAUUCUGGGAAAGCCAGGACCUUGGGCCUCCAAGGCUCUGCCCCCAGAAUUUGAAGUGUCCAAAAAUGGUUGAAAAGGGAAAUGGGCACUAUGGUUUCUCUCCUUUUUGUUUUUGCAUAACUGUGAAGAAUGUUUUACCUUUUUAAAUGAUUUGCGCCUUCUUAGUUGGUUUCCCUGCUUGAAAUUGUUUUUACUUUUAUUUUCCUGUUUUAAAUUUGGCGCAUGUUUUUGAGGAAAGGAUUUUACUGAAUGUAGCUUGCAAAUACACACACAUUCAUGCCUUUUUAUUCAUACACGGUGCUUUGGUGACUAUUUAUUUUGACUGAUUCUUACCAAAUAUUGUUUUCCCCUGAACAGUGGAACACCUGUGUGAAGUCCUGGUAUUAAAGCCCUCUUGGAGAGA